UCCAUGUCGCUAUCGCCGCCUAGCUUCAAAUCAAACCCACCCCUUUGUUUUAAGCCUUGGACUUUUGAAAACUUCCUAGUCUCUGCUAUUUCUCUCUGUUUCUCUCUUUCUCUGCCUCCCUCUUCCUCUUCCAAUGUAUGGAAUUCCGGAAAUGAAGGGAUCACAAGCUUUCUGUAUUUUCUAUAUCCAACUUCUCUUCAUUGGCCUUUGUCUCUUCGUCGCCAGUUGUUCCAGUCUCAAGCUGGGGGAGACCUGCUCAUCAGGAAGUGUUUGCGACCCUGGAUUGCGAUGCGAAACUUGCCCUGCAAAUGGAAAUACCCGCCCCAGAUGUACCCGGAUCCAGCCUUUGAGCCCGACAUCAAAAGUAAAAGGUCUGGCAUUCAACAAAUAUUCAUGGCUAACAACCCACAACUCCUACGCUCUUAUGGGCGCUAAAUCGGCGACGGGUACUGCUCUACUAUCGCCUACGAAUCAAGAGGACUCCGUUACCAGUCAACUCAACAAUGGGGUCAGAGGUCUUAUGCUAGAUAUGUAUGACUUUCAAAAUGACAUCUGGCUAUGUCACUCUUUUGGUGGUCAAUGCUAUAACUACACAGCAUUCCAACCUGCCAUCAACGUGCUAAAAGAGAUUGAGGCCUUCUUGUCUGCAAACCCAUCAGAGAUUGUCACAAUUUUCAUUGAGGAUUAUGUAACGUCCCCACUAGGCUUGACCAAGGUUUUCAAUGCAUCUGGUCUUAAUAAAUACUGGUUCCCUGUAUCAAAGAUGCCAAAGAGUGGUGAAGAUUGGCCAACGGUGGAUGAUAUGGUCCAGCAGAAUGAGCGCUUGGUGGUCUUUACUUCCAAAUCAGCUAAAGAGGCUUCUGAGGGCAUUGCUUAUAAUUGGAAAUAUGUGGCAGAAAGUCAAUAUGGGGAUGAUGGGAUGAAAGCUGGUUCAUGUCCAAAUAGGGCUGAAUCACCUCCCAUGAACACAACAACAGUAUCACUGAUUCUCCAAAACUAUUUUCCAACUAAUCCCAAUAUAACAGAAGCUUGUUUGGACAAUUCAGCUCCACUAAUUAGCAUGACCAACAGUUGCUAUGAAGCGGCUGGCAAACGGUGGCCAAACUUCAUUGCUGUUGACUUUUAUCAGAGGAGUGAUGGUGGGGGCGCCCCAGAAGCUGUGGACGAAGUGAAUGGUCACCUUACGUGUGGAUGUGACAAUAUUGCCUACUGCAGGGCAAAUGCAACACGUGGCACGUGUGAUGUCCCACCAAUUGCCCCCCCUCCCCCUGCUGCUGCUACUGGAAACUCACAAACUCCCUCUCCUUCUUCUACUCCGUCCAACAUUGCUUAUUUGGACACUAGACCAGUCCAAUCACGGUGGUUGUUGGGAACGAUUUUGACCACGUUGCUGUUAUUAUGGCUGUAAAUGUUUAUUCAGACUCGCAUCAGAAUAUUUUAUACAGAUGAAUUGUUGCUUAUUUGUGUCCUCGCAUUGAGGGUUUUAGUCAUUGGGAGAAUUAUUUAUGUUAGAUAUGCUUUGAUUUGUGUCA